ACGACUUCUGGCAAGACUGAUUCUAAUAGCGCGUAACAUUGGAGGACCGCUGGACAUGAAGGGUCAUUCUGGUAGUGGUCGUCCACUGGGCAUUUUCCUCUUCUUUUAUUGACAUGGAGUGUGAUUGUGCUGUUAACAGGAGUGUUUUUUUCUUCGAUUUUCCCUUGCAAGAGACGAUGCAGUUCCGUAUGUUGGGAGAGGGGAUGGCUCAGGGUUCUUCUGUAACACUUUUCUCUAGAGUUAGCAGUCAAACCCUUUUCAAUGGAAAUGGCUUGCUUUUUUGCUUAAUUUGUUAUUUCUGUCAUUAUUUAUUGGUGGGACAUAUUUCGGGCUGUAACCUGUUUUGAAUUCUCAUUGCCAUUUGUGGUUCUCAAAGGUGAUUGUAGGUUCUGGAGCUGUUAGUGCACAGGACUGUGUUUAUUGGAGUUCUCCUGCUGCUGGACACGAGGCAUUCGUUGCUUGUGACCUUCUGUUCCAGACAGACAUCAGUGCCUCUUUUGAUUUCCCACAUCAGACUAUUGACUCUACAAAUCCUGUUAGUUGAUGGUGUGCUGCAUUUCCAGGUGGGAGUGCAGAAUGUCUGGAAGUCACAAAGGCUUGGUCUUGAGGCAACAGUCCAGCACGUAGCAUUCACCAUCAUUGGCCCUGACUGUGUUGUUAUCAGUUACAGUUUCUUUUCAAAAAUUCUGUCCUCUUCUUUUUUCAUUGUUCUUUGAAGGAGAUGUGAUACAAGGUGACAGUUGUGUCUGCAUAGUUUUCUGAUUGUAGACUCGUGUUUUGGCAGGAUGUAUUGAACCUCUUUUGGUGUUUCUUUAGUAUUUGCAUCUCUAGCUGUACCUUCACAAAGCACCUGUGCCAUUUUUGAAGUCAAAAGUGAAAAGGGCAUCCUUGGAUACCCACCUAUACACUUCAGAUGAAACAUAAAGAUGCCUUGCUCAUUAAUAUUAGAAAUUCCUUUUGCCUAGCUCUGUGUAAUGACUCCAUCUGAAUUUGCAGAAGCAUUGCAAAACAUUGAGACUUAUCUGUGGAAUGUCAGCCAGGCACUGUGUAUUUGACACUGUUUGGUGUGUUUGGACUUCUUGCUCUGAUUGGUGGGAUGGUUCAGGGAACAGCAGUGUCAAUGCUGGAUUGGGAAGGUGAGUAGAAGCUGCUUAUCAUCCGUAUCCAUUGUUCAGAGUGGGGUUUGGAGGUUACCAGAGGCCAUAAGAAAUGGGAGGCCUUCCAGACUUGGCAGUAGUUCAUUUGUUGACAUGACUACACUGCACUGUCUUUGGAUGUUCUGAAUACGUGUCUCUCUGUAGUCGUGAAUCCCUUCUGCUCCUCUUUGCUUUCCUUAACUGUAUGUAAUUAAUUCUGACAUGUCUUUGUAAUGGAUCAGCGAGAUCCCAGGGGAGUUCUGUGAUGUCCUGUGUGUUUUGCCCUUGUGUGAGGCUGAAUUUGAGUGAGGUGAGGCUGCUGAGGGCCUCAUCUUUUCAAGGUCUGAUUAUGUCCAAAGAGGAGUAUUCAACAGCAUCCCUGUCCUGCUGUUCCAUGGCUUACCCACUUCCACAUUGAUAUUUCAAAUUCUUUGGUCAAACUCUUUGUUUUCCUUCGUAGAAUCAUUCUGCACUGUAAUCCUGUUUUGGAAGCGAUGUGCAGUCUGGCCUUUCAGUCUUCUCUUUCUGAGCAUGAAUACUUGCUGCUCAAGUAGGAGAUGUCACAAAGAUGGAGCAUCAUGAAAUGAAGUCCAUUUUUUUCUUCCAUAUUAUAUGAUGCUGUUUUCUUGUUGGCGGCCACACCUGUGAAGGUGUGUUUACUGCCCACAUCUCUGCUUGUGGCAAAUCAUGCUGGUGUCUACCAAGUUUGUGUCAUCAGAAACAGUGUCCUCCUUUUUACUGAUCCUUCAUAGAAAUUGUCCUGAUAUGUGGAUAUCAUUGGAAUGUGGGUAUUUCUUUUUACACUCUUCUCACUUUAAUACCACAAGGAGUUUCUGGAGAGGGUGACAUAGCACAAACCAUAUUCUGUGUUGUAUUUCCAUGAAUGACAUUAGCAAUUUGAAACGGAGACUUAUGGAAUGACAAAGAGAGGUAGAACAAGUAAUGAAAGAUCAGUUUUUCCAUGCUAGGCAAAUGUUUGUUAAAGCGGGAAACUGUACAGGAUGUUGCAGUGUUGUUUCAAUAUAUGCUGUGGUGCCAGGCUUUCUUGGCUCCCAUGAGUGCAGAUAAAAACACUGAUUAUUUCUGUGUGCCUUAAAAACACGUUGUUGUAAAGCAGUGAGCAAUUCCUCUCAAGAGAUGCAGUCUCUUUCUUUGGCACCUGCCUGAUGUAGGAAAUAUGUUUGGUACUGGGAUGUGAGAAGCAGAAUGCCGUCUACUUUCUGAUGAAUGUUUUCCUCAAGUAUUGGGAAAGUUACUCACAGCUGUGCGCGUGCUAAUGCUACAUUCUGUAAGAUGUCAGAUGUUCUUCAUCUUAUAAUUUCCACAUGAGAUUUCUUAGGAGAUGCACCAAGGAUGGCCUGGGUAUUUGAUCCUGGGGCUUUUUAGCAGUGAAGAGUCUUGUGUUAGGGUAAUGAUGAUGCUUGGUAGAUUAAAUGGUAAAUCGGUGGUCACUAGCUGUAAAUGGUCGACUGGAGAUACUACUUGCCAUGGCCUGAGGUAGAGGUUGCAAGAAUUAAUUGUGGAGAAGAGACCAAGUACAGUGUGCAGCCUGACCUGCUUUCUCUGAAAUCCUCCAAAAAUUCAGUUGUUUGACCUUAGCAUGAGAGCCUAUGUAUUGUUCCUUGUGGCAACACUUGUUCCUUGUCGUAUGUUUGAAGUAUCCAUAUCCUUUUUUCCGUGGACAUUCCCUUUCGUUAUGUAGAGGAAGAACCAGCAAGGAGAGCUGCACAACAGAUAUUGCCCUCCGUGGGACAUGGGGAGGCCUUCCACUAAGUGACUGUUGAGAACAAGGCCAUCUGUGAGAUGUGAUGAGUCUGUCUGGUGCCCUGACCAAUCAGAUUCUGUGUGUCCUCACUCGCUGUUGUACUUGUGGCAUCCUGCUUGUGAAGCCAUCUUUCAUAUGUGCCUUUAUUUUCUCAUGUUCCAACUUUUGGGGGUUGUUUCUCCUACAAGAGUUUUUCCCAUUGUUGAUGAUUUUUGGCUGAUUCCUCUGAAACCUCCCAUUUGUCUUCUCUGUGCUCCUGUUCCUCCUUGGGAUGGGAAGAAGUGUUCUUCUGUUUUAAGGAUGUAGGCAAACUGUAUGUUUAAUUGAAGUGCAGUGGGAUCUUUCAGCUUUCUCUUUCCUGUUUUAUGAAUCUAAAUCUUUUCUUGUUUUGUUUUUUUUUCCUUCUCACAUUGGAACUAUGUUGGUGAGAUGCAGUGUGCUGAGUUCUGACUGCUGUCAGAUUGCACACCUUUGAGGAGCUGGCAAUGACUGUGGGAUCUGGAUUUUCUACUUUAGUGAUCUGAGGUUGUGAUGAAGUGAAUGUCAUUAAUUUUCAGGUCUCCCUGUUGUUUCCAUUCUGAUAGAUGUGAGGCAGGGAAUACUACACUCUAAUGAGUGAUCAUGUACUUUUUCUUAACAAGCAGGCACUGCUACAGCAUGCUAUAGGUAAGUGUUUCAUAUUAAAAGAAUAUGUGUUCUAUAUGUAGCUGUAUGUUUUGGUGCUGUUUAGUAGUGGUCUUUUCUUGUUGAAUGGAAUGAAUACUUUUGGGGUAUUUUCCUGAAGGUUUUAAGCUUCUGGCAGUCAUGUGCAUACCAGUGCAGGUAAGAUACAAAGAUGCAGGAGGAAGAAAAAUUCCUGUUUAAAUUCUGAAUAUGAACUCAGAUGGUAUAAACCAAACUGCACCGGCAUCAAGGAAUAUGGAUCUGGGCUCCAGACAUUUUGCUGUUCCAUGUAAGACUGACAGUCUUCCAUAUUUCAGAAGCAGAUUUCCACAUGAAACAGUGACAAGUUAAAGCAUGAAAGCAAGGAGGACUGUAGGCCAAAGUGUGUUCCUUGAUCCUGAACUGUGUUCCGUGUUUUUGAGCUGUAAGAAAUGAAGAUGCAAGUUGCUCUCUGCCUUGGCUGACUGUUGCUGUUGUGCAGUGCAGGUAGUGGUGAAAGCAAAGGGUGGCAGAGAAGAGCUGUGUAAAGUGGUGAUGGAUUUCUCCGUGUAGGUUAAGAUGCACACCCUAUUUUCAGGAACAGGGUGGAGCAGAAGAGUAGCAUUUAACUGCUGAGUCCAUAAUUCCUGUCCACCAGCAUGUCUGUAACAAAUGGUAAGGACAAAUAUUUUUUUUAAAGUAUGUCAUAAAAUGGAAAAUCCAAAGACUUCAAACCCCAAAGUCGACCCUAUCUUGUCGGAAGGAAGCAUCUUGCCAGUAACAGAAAUUGUUUGCUCUUCUGCCCACCCAUGCUCAGCGCAUCUCAUCUCAUCUCUGCUUGCAACGGUUUCCAUCUGCAGGGGACUGAGGGCUGAUGGCAUUACCAGCAGUUCUCUCUCGGUUCAUACCUUUUCCUCUAAGCACUUCACAACAAGGUCUCUGCGGCCUUGAACUGCCAGUCAAGGAAGUGGACAGAGAAUCUCUCACAGAGGAAGCAUCACUAAACUUCCCUGUUCCCACGGAGUGGAGUACUGGGGAUGAGCCCAUUGUCCAAUAUCAGUGCAUACAAAUCCAUGGACCGUGAUAGGAUACACCCCAAUAUGUGAGACAGUUGGCAGAAGUGAUAGCCAAACCACUCUCUCUCAUGUUUGAAAAGUCUCCAGUCUUCUUCAGCAUCCAGUCUUGUUCAGCAUCUUCUUCAGUUACCUGGAUGAAGGCAUAGAGCUAGUUUGCUGAUGAUACAAUGUUUCUGACAGACCAGAAGGCUGUUCUGCCAUUCAACUAGGUGUAGACAAACUGGCAUACUGGUCAGAGAGGAACAUGAUGAGAUUCAACAAGAGGAAGUGCAGAAUCUCACACUUGGGAAGAAUAACCACAUGCAUCAAUGCAGAUUAGGGGAUGACAUUCUUGAGAGGAGCUCUGCAGAAGUCUGCAACCUCUGUCCUGGUGGCCAACAGGUCAGCUGCUGGCCAUGAGCCAGCUGUAUCCCUUUGUGGUGAAGAAGACCAACAGGAUCCAGGGCAAUGGGUCAUAUUAAAAGGAGAAUGGCCAGCAGGUUGAGAGAGUAGAUCUUCUCCUCUACUCUGCCCCAGUGAGGCCUUUUCCAGAUCACCAUAUCCAGUUCUGGCUCCCCAGUUCAAAGACAGGAUCUUGUAGGAAGAGUCUGGCAAAAAGUGACAAAUUAAGGGCCAGGAGCAUUGCUAGUGAAAGAAAGGCUGAAAGAGCUGUGUCUGUUCAGCAUAGAGAAGAGAAGGCUGAAGGGGGAUCUCAUCACUGUUUAUAAAUAUGUACCAUGCAUCAAUCAUGUCGAUGGGGUGGACUGUUUUCAUUGGUGACCAACGAUGGAAGAAGUGAGAGUGGUAAAAAAGUGGAAAACAAGGAAGUAUCAUUUAAACAAAAGGAUAAAAUUAUUUAUUGUCAUGCAGACAGAAUUCUGAAACAGCCUGCCCAGAGAGUCUCUGGAUUCUCCCUCUCUGAAUUCAGGACAUGCUUUAGCAUGGGGAAUGGAAUAAGUGAUGACUAGAGGUCUCUUACAAUCCCUACAAUUGUGUGAUAUUAUAAUUCUGUGACCACGAGUGGAAGAAGAGGAACUGUUUCCCACUUUCCUCUGUGUGCUCCAUCCUUCUAAGACUUGUACCAAGAGCCUGUGAAUCUCCCAAUGUGCUUCCCAAUGUGCUUGUCACAACUGACAGUUCAAUUUAGUUUGUUGAAAGAAAUGUCAAGAAAACACUUGAAUAGAGCAUUCUUUCAGAGAAAUUUCAAUUUUACCAGGACAAUUUAAAGGGGGACUAUACUGAUCACAGUAAUCGUACCAUCUGUCCCAAUACCGACAAAUACAUUCAAUGCAUUCCAAAGCACACCCAUUUCAACUUGAAAAUAAGUGUGAAAGAUUACUUGGCGUCUCGUUACAUUCCAACGGAUGUGCACUUCUACUAAACGAGAACAACGAAAAAUGCGGAGGAUACGUCUAGUAAAAAAAGAAAAGAAAAAAAAAACGCGGCGGAGCGGAGCGCAGCGCAGCGGCCGCCUCUCUCCGCGCACGGCGGCGGCGGAGCUGCGCGGGACCGGGGCGCCUCCUGCGUCCGGAGCGAACUUCUUCACGCCUUGCCGCCGGUGCGCCCCGGUGCCCGCUCGCUGGGAACUUGGGCUGCUCGCUGAAAUAUUGGAUUAUGUUCCUGCCGAGCCGGGCUGCGGGGAGCUGAGCAGGGGAGGAAGAAUGCGGGUCUAUUGGAUGGUCUUCUGCCUUAUUUGCUGCACCGCGAAGGGACAAGUGGUGUACUCCAUCGCCGAGGGAACAGAGCGCGGAGCGUUUGUUGGAAACGUAGCAAAGGAUUUAGGAAUAAACGCGGCUGCACUUUCAGCCCGGAAAUUUCGCAUGAUCACCGGUUCAAGUAAGCAAUAUUUUAAUAUAAACGCAACCACAGGGGUUUUAUCUGUUAAUGAGCCAAUAGACAGAGAGCAGCUUUGUGAACUAAAAUCUACAUGUCUUCUGAAUUAUGAACUUGUGCUAGAAAACCCUCUAGAGCUUUAUAGGAUGGAAUUUAAAGUCCUGGAUGUAAAUGACAACUCCCCCAGCUUUCCUUUAAGUGAAUAUCGUGUAAGUGUGCCUGAGUUCCUGUCAGCUGGGGCAAGAUUUGCACUCCCUAAUGCCCAAGAUCUCGAUGAAGGUACUAACGGUGUCCAGAAUUACAUUCUGAACCCUGAUGACCAUUUUCAUUUGGAAAUGCAGACGCACGGGGACGGGAGUGUGUAUCCUGAAUUGGUGCUGAAGAAAGCCUUAGACAGGGAACAGCAAGCCACUCACAGACUUGUUCUUACAGCCAAAGAUGGUGGAGAUCCUCCAAGGUCUGGUGAUGUCCCUGUCGUUGUGACUGUUCUGGAUACCAAUGACAAUGCACCAGAAUUUGAGCAGUCAGUCUACAGGGCAAGCGUCCUGGAAAACUCUCCCAUUGGCACAUUGGUAGUGCAAGUGCAUGCCACGGACUUGGAUGAAGGUCCCAAUGGAGAGGUCAUGUAUUCGUUUAGCAAUGCUACGGCUACUGACCUACAGCAAAUGUUCUUAAUUCACCCGCACACCGGGGAGGUGACAGUCAGUGGCGAUUUAGCAGUUCAGAGACCUCUCCUCGAGAUGCUUAUUGAAGCAAGGGAUAAAGGGGCAUUUGCCUUGUCAAGCACAGCUAAGCUGCUGGUGGAGAUCACUGAUGUGAACAAUCAUGGCCCAGAGAUAACGAUUGCAUCCCUUUCCAAUCCCGUCCCUGAGGAUGCUGUUCCUGGCACAGUGAUAGCACUGCUGAGUAUUGUGGAUAAGGACCCUGGGGAGAACGGGAAAGUAACCUGCCAGAUCCCUGAUAACCUUCCCUUCCAGUUAAAACCUUCCCUGGAAAACUACUACAGCCUGGUCACCAGCGGGCUCCUGGACCGAGAGCUAAUAAGUGGGUACAACAUCACCAUCACUGCCACAGACUUGGGAUCUCCUCCCAUCACCACUCAGCAGACACUUUGGGUGCAGAUUUCUGAUGUGAAUGACAAUCCCCCUGUCUUUGCUGCUGACACAUUUGAUGUGUUUGUGGAGGAGAACAAUCCACUUGGUGCUUUUCUCUACCAGGUCUCAGCCUCUGACCUUGAUAUAGGGGAGAAUGGGCAGAUCUCUUAUGUACUCAGGAAUUCAACAGUUGCAGGCAGUGCCCUGACCAGCUUUUUGUCUGUGAGCUUGGUCAAUGGGAGCAUCUAUGCAAAACGUGCCUUUGACUUUGAGCAGCUUAGAAGCUUCCAUUUCCAAGUGGAAGCCAAGGACAAUGGGUCACCAGCCCUGAGUGCUGCCAUGACUGUGAAUGUUUACAUCUCAGACCAGAAUGACAACGCCCCAGCCAUCCUGUAUCCCAUCAGCCAGAAUGGCUCAGUGGCAGUGGAAGUUGUGCCCCGCCUGGCUGACGAGGACUACCUAGUGACCAAAGUGGUGGCAGAUGAUGAGGACAAUGCAGAGAAUGCCUGGCUCUCCUAUCACCUUGCCCACUCUACUGACUCCACACUGUUUCACUUGGCACCGCACUCGGGUGAGCUACGUACCGCUCGCUCCUUGCGCUCCACCGACCUCCUUAAGCACAAGGUGGUAGUGGUGGUGCGGGACCAUGGGGAGCCUCCGCUCUCCUCCACCGUGACUGUGGGCAUCCUGCUGGCUGACACUCUGCCCCAAGCUCUGCCUGACUUCGAUGAUAAUGGGGAGCCACGGCCGCUGCUCAACGCUACAAACAUCUACUUGAUUGUUUCUCUUGCUUGUGUCUCCUUCAUCUUUACAGUGUUCCUCCUCUUUCUUGCCAUUGCACGGCUGUGCCACUGCUGGGCUUGUCACCGCCAGGGCUGCUGCUGCAGCAUUUGUUGCUGCUCAGCUGAUGAGUAUGAAAAAUACCGAUACAGUGUGCACAUGCUUCCCAGCUCCCACCUCCCACCGGACAUGCUGGAAGUCACUGGUAUGGGUAAACUGACUCAUACUUACUUGUACAGGGCAUCUGUAGGCCUUGGGCUUGAGAACAGCGACAUCCCAAAUGGGGAUGCUGGGAAUGUUCCCAAUGGCUCAAGGUUACAAGUGCCAGGACCCUGCAUCCAAGUGCAACAGAUCCAAAGUGACCGUUUGAGUGCUGUCUUCAUGGUAAGUACUUCUUCCUUUCACUUGUUUUCUCCCAAUCACCUGGCCACUAAGAAGCUCAUCCAGGAGAGCAAGUGUAAUUUCAUGGUGCCUGUAGGAAACUUCUUAUCCUUUUAUAUAUUUCCUAAAGCUAGAAUCUGACUGGAAGGCUCUUUUUGAAUUGGAGCAUGGUCAUAGUGUGGCAAAAUGUGCCACACACAUUUAGAGUAUGCAGACGUAGCUGAAGAUAAAUACCUUGUAAAUUGAGCCAUUCUAUUCAGAUAGCUAAGUAGAGUCAUGAUAAGA